AUGCCUCAAUUACUGCGUUCAAAUUCGACUGUUUCCAAGGAAGAGGUUGGGAACACUGGCAGUAUUGUCUCUGACUUGGCCCUCGUUGGGCCCGAAGGUCGCGUUGGAUUCAGAGGUCUUUUUGGAAAUAAAUUUAUACUUGGUAUAUCGUUGUUCUCGACUCUUGGAGGAUUCGUAAGUUUUUUUCUAACUGUGCAUCAGGGAGUCCUCAGCGGGGUGCUCACCACUGAAUCUUUUGGAGCGACGUUCCCAGAUAUCUACGUGAAUCAAAAGCUGAAGGGAUGGUUUGUCUCCACAUUUGUGCUAGGCAAGUCAACAUGGCAUGUCGCGAGCGUCUGCCACGGCCCUGUCUGUGACAAAAUUGGACGAAAGAUUUGUAUAAUAUGCAAUGCUGUGAUCUUUCUUCUUGGUGGUUCACUCCAAGCAGGUGCCAUUUCUAUUCUUUACCUGUUCGCCGGUCGCGCUGUUGCUGGCCUGGCAAUCGGUUCCCUGACGCAUGUCGUCCCAAUGUAUCUCGCUGAGAUCUCCAGUGCCAACAUUCGUGGAACUUUAGUUUCUCUGCAACAACUUGCUAUCACAUUUGGGGUGAGUGAAACAACUAACUGGAUUGCGUAUGGCACGUCGCAUAUCAGGGGAACCCAAUGUGCCCCGAAAAUACCGUACACUGAGGUGCUUCCAAAUGGCAUGCUUGCGUCCAAUCCCCACACCGAUGUCCCUCCUGGCGGUUGCGCUGGUCAAACACAAGCGUCAUGGAGAGUUCCGCUUGCGUUCCAAAUAUUACCUGCCUUGUGUCUUGCCAUUGGCAUGCUCUUCAUGCCAUACUCACCUCGUUGGCUCGUUGAGCAAGGCCGCGAAGUGGAGGCUCUGGAGACCCUAUCGCGUCUUCGACGAAAGCCCACUGAAGACUGUUCGGUUCGCACUGAAUUCCUGGAGAUCAUGGCUGAAGCUCGUUUUGCGAGAGAGACCAUGAAAGCGGCAUAUCCUAAUGCGGGGCCAGUCAGACGGAUAAUCAAUAAAUACACGGUAUUAAUGUCUAGCUGGCCAAAGUCCAAGCGUAUAUUUGUCGGAUGCCUUAUCAUGACGUUCCAACAAAAUAUGGUGGGUUUUCAACGUCCACUCUCAUCCACAGUUUUCGGCCAACUGGGCCUUGACCCUAAUACUACCUCUCUGAUUGCCACUGGAGUUUAUGGAAUUGUCAAUAUGCUCGCUACUUUACCUGCUAUUGCUCUUGUCGAUAGUGUAGGCAGGCGACCUGUGUUAAUCUCUGGUGCCGCCGGAUGUCUAAUUUGUCUGGCAAUUGUGAGUAUUAUCAUAACCGUGUACGGCAAGGAUUGGCCAGCACAUGCAGCAGCGGCUCGUAUUGCCAUUGUCUUCGUGUUUCUUUACGACGUCAUCUUCUCUUACUCAUGGGCUCCGAUGGGAUGGGUUGUUACCAGUGAGAUAUUCCCGUUGCACCUCCGGUCCACCGGUACGUCCAUCACCACAUCGACCAUGUGGUUAUCGAACAUUGCGAUUGGACUCUUUGCGCAGACGACGAUGGGUCCAAGUGUGAGUGGAAUAGUGUACUAUGUAUAUGCCGUGUUUUGUCUUGCCGCGUUACUCUCAGCUAUAUUCAUUAUCCCAGAAACCAAGGGUCGGACCUUAGAAGAAAUGGACCCUGUGUUUCGUGAUAAUGCUACUGACAGUCAGCGAGAACACAAGGAGGGUAUUCGUCGGGAACUUGGUCUGCCCGACCGGGCGCUUUUGAGUGCAGCGUAA